ACCACCGCGCUCGUGGACCCCGCCGCCGUGUUGGCGACAGCAAGUGGCGUGCCGUCUAGUCGCGUUUUUUUCGUGGGUGACUGCGGACCAUGUCGAACUCCGGGCCAUGCACCACAAGCGCUGAGCAAGAGCUCGGUGUCAUCGGUCAAACUAUGACACGCCGCAAGUACGACCUGGACAGGCCUUCGGAAACCUUUCAGCUUGACACCUUCGUCGGAAGCCCGGAAAUUAUGGCUUACCGAAAACAGCUGCAAAGGGCGCGUUCCUGCAGCCUGCGUGCCAAUGGCGGAGCUGAAAAAGCAGCGACGGUGAUCACUUGUCUCGAGCGCUGUUCGUCCGAACCCUGUUCAUCGAUCCCCAACGCUCGACAGCAGCGUCAGCGAAGGAGAGUACAGAGCCGCUCAUUCUCUAUGGACCUGAGCCGAAGACAGAACGAGGAAAUGUUGUGGAGCAACUUGGCUUCCCUGUUGAGUUACAUCUACGCCACCCUGAUCGUGGUCCUCGGAGGAGUGAUGACUGUUGUCCAGCCAUCGGUCACCAUUGGCCGACACACGAUUGAGCUCGAUGAUGCAUUCGCGUGCGUGGUGUGUGUGCUCGGCCUGUCUUGGCUGGUGUUUCUGCACGCGGACCUUGCGUGGCACGAUGCACGCCGCUUUCGCCGCUCUACCAUGCCCUGCGGUCGAGGCAGCGUCUGUAGCGGCAGCGGCAGCACCGACGCAGAGUCCGUGGCCACCGCCGACGCGAUCGACUGGAAAGGCUGCCACAUGGGCCAGCCACGUGGAUACACGUACCUUACGGGAAGGCACAGCGGUAGCUUCUUUCUCAAGGCCGGCAUGACGGUAUUCUGUUGCGGCCACCUGAUACACGAAGGCCUUCUUCUGGGCCAGGAGAUCAUUGCUUGGAUGCAUGCCGGCGAAGUGUGCACCGACGUCGCCCUGCUUCUGGUGCACUCGUUGAGGCCGCUCUUCUCCUUCUACCAGCUCUACUUCCUCUUCAAGUAUUCGAAUAUCGUGAUCAACCGACGGGUCACGCUGGCCAAGUUCGGAAUCAUGCACUGUUUUGCCACCACACUGACCUUCUGGUUCCGCACCGUCGUCAACGAUGCCUACGGAGACGUUGUCAAGGCUUUCAAGGGCAAAAGUUCCAACCUUAUGGCCCUGAAAAUGAAUGGCAGCUUCGCAGGUGCAUUUGCCUAUAUUCAUGUUGUAGAAAAGUACUGGCAGAUGAGGCCUACCUUCCGCGAGCCUUUUUUCGACAUCGUCAAAUGCUCACUCGCAGGGUACAAGUUGCACUACUCCGAGAGAACGCCCGAAUUCGAGAGCAACUGGAGUUGCGCCGUGGCCGACCUGUUCUCGCCGGCGUACAUCCGUCCAAUGCCGUACCUGUACCCGUUUGCCAUCGAGUUCAACCUGGUGCUGGCCGGAGUGUGGUUCAUCGUCCUGCAGAACGUGGGCACGUCAGCGCACCGGUUCUGCCACCACGACUCCACCGCCGAGACCUGCAGGGCGGUCACCCAGGAGGCUGCCCAGAACAACCUCAUCAUCAGAGCCGACUGCCACUCGGCCAACCGUGGUCUGUUUGCCGGCUUCGUCGUACUCCUGGGCUCGGUCGUGGUCAUGAUCAUCUUCUAUGUUGCACUGCUCGAAGACAGAUACAAUGAAACUGGAGUGGCCGUCUACCUUGGUCAAGAGGCUGUGCUCUUGGCGCUGGCGUUCGCGGCCUGCCUGCUCGCCUACGGACGCAUAGCCACCCUGGAUGUGAACGGCCACCCUAUAACGAUGCUCGACGACUUCCUGCUGUGCAUUCCCAUACCGUUCUACUUUGCCCAUGCGACUCUGGUGGCCAUCGCCGAGCUUGAAGUAGGCGGCAGCUACGUGCGCCUGGCACUGCAGUUAUUCUCGGUGAUUCAAGUGGUGACGCAGACGCCGCUCAUCAUCGACGCCUUAAGGCGGUGCAGCAACAGCCCCACUCUGCGGUACAAGAAGCCCGGUCGGGAGAUUGUGUCCUUCUUGAUCGUGGUGAACAUCACCAUGUGGAUUGUGUAUACCUUCGAAAGCAAGGCCGUCGGCAAGCUGUUCACGGGCACUCGUUACUUCGGCCUGCAGUCCUGGGUGUUCGUCGAACACACCACAGUGCCUCUCAUGCUCUUCUACCGGUUCCAUUCAUCCGUGUGCCUCGCCGACGUAUGGAAAUCGGCGUACGAAGUAGAGUGAACGCUCCAGUGCCG